CGCCUGUUCUACGCUGUAUAUCUAUUUACUUAUUCAACGUCGCGUUUGAUUAUCAAAUUAGCCAUAAAAAAUAAAAAUGUCGACGAGCCCUGAAAUGUCACUUCGACAAUGGCAUUUCUUUGUUUACAUCGUUGCCACCUAAUUCCGUUUUUGAAUUUGAGGUUAUAGGUAUCUAUCUGCAUGAAUUAUCAAUUGUUUUCUAUAUUAUUACAAUUUGUACUCAUUUUUCAUUCUUGUUUUAUUUUGUAUAGUAGAAUAUAAUGGCUAACAACAACAUCAGUAAUGAGAAACCUGGAGACGGACUUAGAUCUUUAAGAUCUACUACAGCAUUUAGAGUUAUUAACUUCGAGCUGUAUGCAAAACCUAAUAUUGUCAUAAUGGGUAUUGGACUAACUUGUUUUGGUAUAGCACUGGGAUACAUUGCCUAUAUGAGAAGCAAAUAUGAAUCAAUGGGAUACUAUGCAGCUGUAGAUAAAGAUGGCAAAGAAAUAUUUGAAAAAAGGAAAUCCAAAUGGGAUUAGUGAUAAAAUAAAUUUUAGUUAGGUAUGUUUAAUAAAUGAAUUUGCUCAAAAUUUUGAGAUACUUCUAGAGGAAGUAUAUAUUUAGAAUAAAUAUCACUUCAUCUACUACUAUUUAUUGACUACACCCACCUUUGCUCUCUUUACCUCUGUGAGUAAAAACUGAAUGCUUCAGUUAUUCUAUUUUAUUUGUAACUAUAUUAUUUGUAACAUACUUUUUAUUAUUAUUAUUAUUUGUAAUAUAAAAGUUAUAUUAUUUGUAACACUAUUUAAAAGAAAUUUUUGUAAAACAAUUGCCAUUCUGUGGAAAUUUAUAUAUAUGUUUAAAUUAUCAUAAUGAUGAAAUGUGACAUUACAUAGUGUAGCUAAAUGAACUUACUAAGUGUAAUUGAUAAUAUUAUUAGAUACAUUAUAUUAAAUCUAUAUAUAAGUUAGACUUUUUCUAAUUAAGCAUUAUUUAAAAUAAUUUUAAAGUUAGAUUACUGAGCAUGUAACAACUUCAUUUUGAUUAGGAUUUCAUUGUGUUGGUGUUAUAGUUACUGUAUUAAUAAAUAAAAAUGUCUAUUUAACAUG